AUGGCCAGUCCAAGGACUCGACAUAUUUUAUCUGAGAUAAGACAAGUGGAUGAAAACAACUUCUGCUUUGAGUGUGGCACUCCUAAUCCUCAAUGGGUCAGCGUCACUUAUGGUAUCUGGAUAUGUCUUGAAUGCUCUGGCAGACAUCGCGGUCUCGGCGUUCAUCUUAGGUAUGUCGGAAAGCACUUUUUGUUCAUUAAUAUUGCUAUUGGACUUCUAUACAUGGAGACAGUCUGUUUUUACCUUGAUCGUUUCCGUCGAAACUUGAAGUGA